AUGGACGAGUCUUCAAAGCAUUUCAAUCCCAACCCGAUUCUCAAGGCGAAUCCUAUUUCAAAAUUGUUUUUCUGGUGGCUGAACCCACUGUUCAGGAAGGGCUAUGCACGACAACUAGAGGUUGAUGACUUGUAUAAUGUGGUCGCAGAGGACCAAUCGGAUACACUCGGAGACAAGCUUGAAAAAGAAUGGGCAAAAGAGGUUAAGAAAUCUGGAGCUGGUCGAGGCAAGCCCAGUCUUUUCUGGGCGCUGUUUCGAAUGUUUGGGCUUGAAUACAUCCUGUUUGGGCUACUGCUUUUAUGUGAGGAGGCAACUAAAGUAGUCCAGCCCCUUUUGCUAGGUGGGUUAAUUCGCUAUUUCACCCCCGGGUCCGAGGUAACGAAGGCCGAGAGCCUUCUUUACGCGGGUGGGGUAAGCCUGUGCGCCCUUAUCCUCGCCAUCUCACAUCACCCGUUUUUCUUCGGAGUACAGAGGAUCGGGAUGAAGAUGAGACUUGCGUGUUGCUCUGUUAUGUAUAGGAAGGUUUUGCGACUUAGUGAGGGACUGGCUGUGACAACUAAAGGCCAGAUUGUCAACCUCAUGUCAAACGAUGUGAAAAGAUUUGAUCGGGGUUUGAUGUAUCUACACUACUUGUGGGUUGGUCCACUGCAAGCAAUAGCUAUACUAGUAAUAGUGUGGAGAGAAUUUGGCCUAUCCACACUUGCUGGCUUUGUUGUCCUGUUGUUGCUGGUUCCUGUCCAAGGUUGGAUGGGAAAGUUGAUUUCAAAGUUCAGCCAAAAAACAGCUAGACGUACUGAUGAACGUGUUAGAUUAAUGAAUGAAAUCAUAGCCGGCAUGCGGGUCAUAAAGAUGUAUUGCUGGGAAAAACCGUUUGGUGAUCUCGUGAAGAAAGUUAGACGAGAAGAGAUCGUCAUGAUCUGGAAGAAAAGGAUCCUGUCGGCUAUAUCAACUUGUAACUGGGUUGUAGGUCCUCGUCUAAUGUACUUCGUAGUUAUUGUUACGACUGCUCUGGUUCAGGGACCAGGUUCGCUUCGAGCCAGUGUGAUGUAUGUAGUCGUUCCAUUGUUGUUCGUUCUUGCUCAAGUGAUGAUGGGAGUUAUCAACCUGACCAUCGAGGGCAUGCAGGAGGUUCGCGUAACUGUAAACAGAAUAUAUAAUUUUUUAUUACUUAAUGAGCUCCCUUGUACACGCUGUUCAGGAAGUAAUGAACAAAAUGUAAUGCCUGCUGAAUGCAAGGUUAUCAUUGACAACGUGUCCGCUAAAUGGAACCAAGAGCUGGAACAACCAACCUUAAAGAAUGUGUCUGCCAAAGUUGAAGCUGGCAAGUUACUGGCUGUCAUAGGCCCGAUUGGAGCAGGAAAGUCUUCACUGCUGAUGGCUGUAUUGAGGGAGCUCUCAAUUUCCCAUGGCGAUGUAUCUGUGAUAGGGCGAGUAGCUUAUGCAUCUCAGCUUCCCUGGGUGUUCUCUGCUACCCUGAGGCAAAAUAUAACGUUAGGGAACAAGUACGAGAUAGAAAAGUUUGAGCGCAUUCUUGAGGCUUGUGCUCUCGAUGAGGAAAUAAAAAAUAUGCCCAACCGUGAUCUGACCCUGAUAGGUGACCGAGGGGUCAGCCUGAGUGGGGGUCAAAAGGCCAGGCUUAGCCUGGCAAGGGCUCUGUACAUGGACGCGGAUGUGUACCUUCUAGAUGAUCCGCUCAGCGCUGUUGAUACCGCAGUGGGCAGGCAUAUAUUUCAAAGAGUAGUCCAGGGAUAUCUAAAGAAGAAACCAAGAAUUCUAGUCACACAUCAACUUCAAUUCGUUAAAGAGGCGGAUCAAAUAGUUAUUAUUGAAGAGGGAGAGAUGAUAGGUAAAGGCACUUUUCACGAACUGUCCAACUCAGGGAUAGACUUUUCCUCCCUGUUAAAACAUAAGGGAGAUAAAUCGGAUGAUCCACAGUCCACGCCACAUGAUCUAAUGAAUGAAGGCGCCUGCUCCGGACAUUCUCUGCAUGAGUCUAUCAGGGACUCGCUGGAUUCCAUUGGGGCUAAACGUGAUGAUAAAGAAGGUCAACUGCUAAAAGAGGAAGAGAGGCAUGAAGGAACAGUUGGCUUCAAUGUUUAUAUCGCAUAUUUUAAGGCAGGGGCGGGUCUCCUCAAGUUUCUACUGCUAGUUUUCCUAUGUUUGGCUGCACAGGGGUCGUUCAUUAUCUUUGACUGGUGGCUGUCCAAUUGGUCAAAUCUGGAAGAAGCUCUCUACGCGGCCAUUGAAAAGCAUGCCAGUCUGGUUGCCGAGGGCUACAAUGCCACCAACGUUACCAUUCCGACCAUGGACACCAACUUUAACAUUGCAGUCUUCGGUGGAAUUUUAGGGGCAGUGUUUCUGUUUGGCAUUCUGCGGGCUCUUAUGUUUUUCAAGGUUGCAGUUGAUGCCUCGCAAACCCUACACAAAACAAUGUUUAACAGCAUACUUCGAUCUCACAUGCAAUUUUUUGACAACAACCCUGUUGGUCGUAUUUUGAACCGAUUUUCAAAGGAUAUUGGCAAUAUGGACGACAUUCUUCCAAUCACGUUCUUUGAUUUUACACAGUGUGCCCUUCUUAUUCUGGGAAGUGUGGGCGUGGCGGGAGUCGUUAACCCGUGGGUGUUUUUGAUAGUAGGCCCGUUGACUAUGCUGUCAGUUGUUAUACGGAGAUACUACAUACGCACGUCAAGGCAUAUAAAACGGCUAGAGGGAACAACACGUAGUCCAGUAUUCACCCACCUGAGUGCCAGUCUUCAAGGCUUACACACUAUUCGGGCGUUUGGAGUCCAGGAAAAAUUCAUUGAGGAAUUUGACGCGCACCAGGACAUGCAUACCGAGUCAUGGUUUCUAUGUCUCACAUCGUCACGCUGGCUCGCUACCCGUUUAGACUGGCUGUGUGCCUUGUUUGUAACUGCUGUUUCUUUCUCUUGUGUACUGUCUGCUGACUCCCUGAAUGCCGGUCUGGUUGGCCUGUCUAUGACGUAUGCCAUGACCUUGAUGAGCAUGUUCCAGUGGGGAGUCAAGCAAAGUGCAGAGGUCGAAAACCAGAUGAUCUCAGUGGAGAGGGUGCUUGAUUAUACGAUGCUGCCUUCAGAGGCCGCACUUGAUAGCUCCGACGACCACAAGCCGCAUCCAUCCUGGCCGCAAAACGGUGAAAUUUCAGUAAAGAAGGCCUGUCUCAAAUAUUAUCCAGAGGCACCAACAGUGCUGAAAAACCUCUCCUUUGCCAUCAAGGCACGAGAAAAGAUUGGAAUUGUCGGGCGAACAGGAUCAGGAAAAAGUUCUCUUAUCGAGAUGUUUUUCCGUUUGGUUGAACCGACGGGGCAAAUCACUAUAGACGACGUUAAUGUUCUAGAGAUUGGACUGCAUGAGCUACGCAAAAAUAUCUCCAUUAUUCCACAGGACCCAGUGUUAUUCACAGGAUCCGUGAGAAGGAACCUUGACCCCUUCCGUAACCAUAGCGACGAUGCACUGUGGGAGGCAUUAGGAGAAGUCCAGCUUAAGCCUGCUAUUGAAGAGCUACCCAAGAGCCUGGACGCGGAGGUGUCGGAGGGCGGGGUCAAUUUCUCCGUGGGUCAGCGUCAGCUCAUCUGCCUCGCACGCGCAAUUCUCCGAAACAACAAGAUUCUCAUGAUUGACGAGGCUACGGCAAAUGUUGAUCUCAGGACAGAUGCGCUGAUCCAGCGGACUAUCCGGGAUAAGUUCAUGGACUGUACCGUCCUUACCAUCGCCCACCGCCUUCGCACAAUAAUGGACUCCGAUAGGCUUCUGGUAUUAGAAGAUGGCAAGAUCGUAGAAUUUGAUGCCCCAUACUUGCUGGUGACAAAGCCGGAUGGAGUAUUCAAACGUCUAGUUGAACAGACAGGAAAAGAAGAGACCGCUUUCCUUGUUCGUGAAGCAAGAAAUGCGUUUGAGACACGCAACAACACGAGUGAAAGAAGGGUGGCAAACCUGAGGGAAAUAUAUAGGAGGAUUUCGGAACAUGACGUCUCCAAUUUGAUUGAAGAGGAAGAUAAGCAGGCGGAAGAGAAUGGGAAUAACGUCGAUGAUGAUGAAACAGGACAAUUGUUGGAUCAAGGCGAAAAAGUCCCGAUGAGAGAAAAGUGUAAAAUAAUCAGUUGA